AUGCCUUCCCAGGAGACUCCUGCAGACGACGAAGUAAGGCAAACGUACAACUUCGCUCCUGGGUACUUUGGACUGGUAUAUCGUGCAGAUGUGCCAUACACUGGCGCUGAGUCACAGAACCACAGCAGCAGCAAGCAUGAUGGAGGCGACAGCGACGGUGACAACAUUAAAGUUGAGAAUAUAGAGGACAACGAGUCCCAGGAUGUUUCAGAAGCGACCUACAAGCUUCAAGCUAUGAAAUGGGGACUUGUUCCGUUCUUUACCAAGCGAAAUCCGGACUAUGGGUCUGUGAUGAAGACUAUCAAUUGUAGGGACGAUUCGCUGCUAGACAAUCGAGGUAUCUGGACUGUACCUAAGAUGAGAAAACGAUGUGUCGUGGUAUUCUCGGGCUUCUAUGAAUGGCUCAAGAAGGAUGGCGGUAAGCACAAAGUACCGCAUUUCAUCAAGCGUAAAGAUGGUCAGCUCAUGUGUGUUGCUGGGCUAUGGGACUGUGUCCAGUAUGAAGGGUCUGACGAAAAGCAUUACACAUACACCAUCAUCACAACUGACAGUAAUAAGCAAUUGAACUUUCUUCAUGAUCGGAUGCCCGUGGUCUUCGAUAACGGAUCAGAUGAUCUGUUCAAAUGGCUGGAUCCAAAGCAGACAACAUGGACGAAAGACCUGCAAUCUCUCUUGAAGCCAUACAAUGGAGAACUUGAAUGUUACCCGGUCAGCCAAGAGGUCGGCAAAGUUGGCAAUAACUCUUCAAAGUUCAUUGUUCCUGUCGACAGUGCUGAAAACAAGAGCAAUAUUGCAAACUUCUUCGACAACCAGAAGAAGCUUGCACAACUUCCAUCAAGCACCUCAAACUCCAAAGUGAAGAAAGAUUCAGACGAGCCACGCGGGACCGUUGAGGACACAACAAGUACAGAAGACAAUGCGCCUCUACCUGUUCCUCAAGACAAUGCUGGAACGGCAAAUUCAAAGCGUACCCACGAAGAAGCCGAAAUCGACGUAAAUACAGGGGAGCCCAAACAAAAGUCCCUGAGGCUAUCAGACCAACAUUCUCUCAAGAGCAGAUCACCAGCAAAAUCUUCUCUGAAAGGAGAUCACAAAACCAGAAGCUCGACGACAAAUCAGAAAGAGUCACCAGCCACAGCAAAGAACCACAAAGCGAAGCCAGGUACUACUGGUAGUAAGAAGAUCACAAGCUUCUUCGGAAAGUGA